AUGAAUACAUCAGUGUCACCAUGUGAAAAUUUUUAUGAAUACGCUUGUGGUUCAUACUACACUCCAUUUCAUCCUGAUCAAGAUGCUGAACAACCAGCAGUUCAAGCACAUCGUGUUAUCUCUGGAGCAUUCGGUAAAGACACUAUACAAGAUUAUUUUAAAAGCAGUCGAAGUCGACGUCUGCUACGCUUUGAUCGACCUAUGAUUGAACAUCUCUCUGAAGUUAAUGUUCACGCCAUCAUUCAUUCAUUACGUAAUAUUUAUCAAAAUUCAUACGGGGAACGAAAUUCAGCAAAAUUUAAAGUAGCACAAUUUUUUGAUUCAUGUGCAUCAACAACAAUAAGAAAUUGGCUUGGUGCACAUCCAUUGAUAAAAAAGGCGGCACCAAUUAUUGGUGGGAUCUGGUUAUUGGAUAAAAAUGCCACAAAUGAAACUGGUGCUGGUCUUGUCAAUCAGACAACAGCUUGGCCAAAACGCUUGUUUUGGGAUUCACAACUGUCUGAUAAAUUCCAUGUAGAAAAGAAUUGGUCAUGGAUGGAUUCAAUUAAAAAGUUGCAAGUUGAAUUAAAUAUACCAACAUUUGCUGACUUUAUGCUUCAUACAAGUCCAAUUAGUAAACCACGAUUAUAUCUGGUACCAGAUUCAGGAGCAACCGGAUAUCUAUCAAAUUAUAAAAUCAAUACCUAUGUCAAGAGUAUUCUAGAAGUUUUAGCCAAAGAUGCUGGUAUACCAUACGGGAAUGAAGAAUAUAAAGAAAGAAUACGUAUCUUUACAGAAGAUUUAAGACUUGUUACAAGUGAAUUAAAUAAGCUUUAUCGAAGUACAACACCAUCGAAAUGGUCAAAGAAGGCAAAACUUAGUGAACUGAGCGUCAAUGGAAAUGCUUACGAUUGGUCUGGUCUGCUGAGUGCUUAUUUCGAUGAAACAUAUGUGAACUUUAAUUCAGACUAUGAAAUUUAUACACGUUAUCUGGAUUAUUUACAAAAAAUUCCAAUAUUUAUAGGCGUAUUAGAAAGAAAUUAUACAAAACCUGUUGCUGAUCGAAUCAUGAAUAACUAUAUGCUAUGGAAUGUUCUAGAAUCCUAUGCCUGGCAUUUAUCCUAUGAGUAUUAUAUGCUCCACCUAUCCUACUAUUAUUAUACAGAGCAUGUUAUGGAGUUGGAAUGCUUUUUUGUAACUCAUGAAUUAUUCGAUACUGUUCUUGGUGCUAUCUACGUUGAAAAACAUUCACAUAAUGAGACAGAAAAAGAGGUUGAAAAGAUUACAAACUAUUUGAGAUUAAGUUUAAAAGGCCAUUUAAAACAAAUUCCAUGGAUGGAUGAACAAACAAAGACGGAUGUAGACGACAGAAUAAAUAAAAUGAAAAUUCUAUUCAAAGUACCUGAAAUUAUGCGUAAUGACAAAAAGUUGAAUUAUGCAUACAGAACGCUUAAAACUUCCUACAAUUAUCUAAAUAAUUUAUUCUCAGCAGUUCAAUACAUUCGUGGAGUUUAUAAUCGUUUAUUAUCUGGUGUUACUGAAACAAGUGAAGAGAAUUGGAGUUCCAGAGAUAUUAUGGCCUAUGAUACACAUGUUGCCUUACAUUUACAACUCGAUGAAGUAUUCGUUCCACCUGGAAUGCUUCAACUGCCUAUUUAUCAUCAUAAUUUACCAGCAGCGUUUAAUUUUGGUGGAAUGGGAAGUUUAAUUGGUACAGCUAUUGGUAUAUUAGUUGGAGAAUAUGGGGCAUUUAUGCGUAAAAAUGGAGAAAUUCAAGCAGUCUGGUCAUCUGAUACAAUUCGUAUGUAUAAAGAACAGAAAAAGUGUGUUCAUGAUCAAAUUUAUAAUGCAUCGAAAUAUUAUUUUAAUUUCUCUGAUUUGAUGAUGGCGACAAUCGAAGAUGAUAUAAAGAGAGUAACCCGCGCAACUAUACACGAAGCAACUGGGCUAGAUAUAGCUAGAUAUGCUUUUGAAGACUGGAUCAGGGAUUCACCCGAUGAGAAAUAUUUACGUCAUUUACCCGGUGUCACAUUCAAUCCAAAACAGUUAUUUUAUUUAACAUACGCACAAACAUUCUGUCAUAGCAUGGAUAUCUGGGAUGAAUAUUACCAACUGAUGGCGACAACACCGCAACCGCCAUAUGAAGUACUAGUAAAUCAUAUCAUGAAUGAACUGCCUGAUUUUGCCACAACAUUCAACUGUCCAGUCGGCACUCCAAUGAAUCCUAAACAACGUUGUCGUGCAGCCUUAUAA